AAGAUCUCCUUGCUCAAGACGAAAUCUCAAAGGCGGUUCUACAGAAUAAAAACUUCAGCUCCCAGACCUCGUGUUUGAAUCUCUCUCUGCAUAUCUAUCCUAUCGGAAUUCGGAGAAGAAGAAGAAGCAAAUCGUUCAUUCAAUCACCGAUAUAGUCAUCGAGAGUUGCAGAACUUAAAUGGCACAUCCGGGAGGGGGUGGAGCCGAAGCUCACGCCCGAUUUAAACAAUACGAGUAUAGAGCAAAUUCAAGUCUAGUACUCACAACCGAUUCACGUCCUCGUGAUACACAUGAACCAACUGGUGAGCCAGAAACACUGUGGGGUAAAAUCGAUCCAAAACACUUCGGUGAUAAAGCUUAUAAGGGCAGACCUCAAGAACUCGAAGAAAAGAUCAACAAGUCUAAGAAAAAGAAAGAACGCGGUGGUGAUGAGGACCUAGCGUCUGGGAGAAGAGAUAGUAAACGAAGGCGUUUAGGUGGUGGUGGUGGUCUGCAAGAGAGUAGUGUUUUGAAUAUAGCUGAGGAAGGUGCUUAUCAGCCUAAAACAAAAGAGACAAGAGCUGCUUACGAGGCACUACUGAGUUGUAUUCAACAGCAUUUAGGGGGACAGCCACAGGAAAUCUUAUGUGGUGCUGCUGAUGAGGUUAUCGCUGUGCUUAAGAAUGAUAAGCUUAAGAAUGUGGAUAAGAAGUGGGAGAUUGAGAAGUUGUUGAGUACCAUAUCUAGUACUACUUUUGAUCUUCUUGUGUCUGUUGGGAAGCUUAUUACGGAUUACCAAGAUGGGGCUGGUGAUGUUCCCAGUGGUGCUAGUAAUGGGGAUGAGGCGCUUGAUGAUGAUAUUGGUGUUGCGGUUGAGUUUGACGAGGAUGAGGAGGACGACGAGAGUGACUACGAUCAGGUCCAAGAGGACGACGAUGGUGAAGAUGAGGAAGAUGACGGACCUGAAACAAAAAGAGCUGGGGCUAUGCAGAUGGGUGGUAUAGAUGAUGAUGAGAUGCAAGACGCGAAUGAGGGUAUGACUUUGAAUGUCCAAGACAUUGAUGCUUAUUGGCUUCAAAGGAAGAUUUCUAAUGCAUACGGAGAUAUUGACCCCCAACAGUGCCAGACACUUGCUGAGGAUGUACUUAAAAUGCUUGCUGAAGGUGGUGACAACAGGGAAGUAGAGCGGAAUCUCCUGGUGAUUUUGGAUUUUGAUAAGUUUGAGCUAAUCAAGGUGCUUUUGCGGAACCGCUUAAAGAUUGUGUGGUGUACUCGUCUUGCAAGGGCAAUAGACGAGGAAGAGAGGAAGAAGAUCGAGGAAGAAAUGAUGGGUUUGGGUCCUGAAUUGGCUUCCAUUCUUGAGCAGUUACACGCCACAAGGGCAACUGCUAAAGAACGGCAGAAGAUUGUGGAGAAAAAUAUUAGAGAAGAAGCUAGGCGAUUGAAGGACGGGAGUGGUGGUGGGGAUGAGGAUAGAGACUGGGAGAGGAGAGGUCCGGUGAUUGAUGGAGACUCAGAGAGUGGUUGGUUGAAAGGGCAGCGUCAACUUUUGGACCUAGAAAGUAUAUCUUUUCAGCAAGGUGGUUUGUUGAUGGCUAAUAAGAAAUGCACUCUUCCUGAUGGGUCUUAUCGGAAUCACAGCAAAGGGUACGAAGAAGUUCAUGUGCCUGCGCCUAAGCUUAAACCACUUGCCCCUGGCGAAGAGCUUAUUAAGAUAUCAGUCAUGCCUGACUGGGCACAACCAGCCUUUGGUGGAAUGAGUCAGUUGAAUAGGAUACAGAGUAAAGUUUAUGAGACCGCACUUUUCACAGCAGAGAAUCUCCUUUUGUGUGCUCCGACUGGGGCUGGGAAAACGAAUGUGGCAAUGUUAACCAUACUUCAGCAGAUUGCGUUGCAUAGGAAUCCAGAUGGCUCCUUUGAUAAUAGCAAGUACAAGAUUGUUUACGUGGCACCAAUGAAAGCAUUAGUUGCUGAGAUAGUUGGAAAUUUGUCUAAUCGUCUUAAGCACUACAAUGUAAAUGUUAAAGAGCUAAGUGGAGACCAGUCCCUGACUCGCCAACAAAUUGAUGACACACAGAUAAUUGUUACGACUCCUGAGAAGUGGGAUAUCAUCACUAGAAAAUCGGGAGACCGAACAUAUACACAGCUUGUGAGGCUUGUCAUCAUUGAUGAGAUCCAUUUACUUCACGAUAAUAGGGGGCCAGUGCUUGAAAGCAUUGUUGCAAGAACUGUUAGAUUGAUCGAGACCACGAAGGAGCACAUUCGUUUGGUUGGUUUGUCAGCAACACUCCCUAAUUACGAAGAUGUGGCUCUAUUUUUACGAGUUGAUCUGAAAAAGGGACUAUUCCAUUUUGACAACAGUUACAGACCAUGCCCGCUUGCUCAACAGUAUAUUGGAAUCACAGUUAAGAAGCCUUUACAGAGAUUCCAGUUGAUGAAUGACGUCUGUUACGAGAAGGUGAUGGCCACAGCAGGCAAGUCCCAAGUCCUCAUAUUUGUUCAUUCGAGAAAAGAGACGGCGAAAACAGCAAAAGCAAUAAAAGAUACGGCUCUUGCUAAUGACACCAUUAGUCGUUUUCUGAAGGAGGAUAGUGCAAGCCGUGAGAUUUUACGAGAGCAAAUAGAGUUUGUCAAGAGCAAUGAUCUCAAGGAGUUGUUACCUUAUGGGUUUGCAAUUCAUCAUGCUGGUAUGUCGAGAGCAGACCGUGAUAUUGUCGAGGAAAUUUUUGCUGAAGGGCACGUGCAAGUGCUGGUAUCCACUGCUACCCUUGCAUGGGGUGUUAAUUUACCAGCCCACACUGUGAUCAUCAAGGGUACUCAGAUAUACAAUCCCGAGAAAGGAGCGUGGACUGAAUUAAGUCCUCUUGACGUCAUGCAGAUGCUUGGUCGUGCAGGGAGGCCUCAAUAUGACACAUACGGGGAAGGGAUAAUCAUAACAGGACAUAGUGAACUGCAGUAUUAUCUCUCGCUCAUGAAUGCACAACUUCCUAUUGAAAGUCAGUUUGUGUCAAAGCUGGCUGAUCAGCUAAAUGCUGAAAUUGUUUUGGGGACAGUUCAAAAUGCUAAAGAAGCAUGCAAUUGGCUUGGCUACACAUACUUGUACAUUCGCAUGUUGAGAAAUCCAACACUGUAUGGUUUGGCAGCUGAUGUUCUGAGUAGGGACAAGCUCUUGGAGGAAAGAAGGGCUGAUUUGAUCCAUUCUGCUGCAACUGUCUUGGAGAAGAAUAAUUUGGUGAAGUACGACAGGAAAAGCGGGUACUUCCAAGUCACUGACCUUGGUCGAAUCGCCAGUUAUUAUUAUAUUACCCAUGGAACGAUAUCUACUUACAAUGAGCAUCUGAAGCCAACAAUGGGUGAUAUCGAGCUUUGUCGGUUGUUCUCACUUAGCGAAGAGUUUAAAUAUGUGACUGUGAGACAAGAUGAGAAGAUGGAACUCGCUAAGCUUUUGGAUCGUGUUCCUAUUCCCGUUAAGGAGAGCUUGGAAGAACCCAGUGCCAAAAUUAAUGUUUUGCUCCAAGCGUACAUUUCACAGCUGAAGCUUGAAGGGCUCUCAUUGACAUCUGAUAUGGUGUUCAUCACUCAGAGUGCUGGACGUCUUAUGCGAGCGCUUUUUGAGAUUGUAUUGAAAAGAGGGUGGGCUCAAGUAGCUGAGAAGGCUUUGAAUUUGUGCAAGAUGGUUGGCAAGCAGAUGUGGAGUGUUCAAAUGCCUCUUCGCCAGUUCCAUGGUAUCCAAAAGGACUUGCUGACAAAAUUGGAGAGGAAAGAAUUGGCCUGGGACAGGUACUAUGAUUUAACCUCUACGGAGAUUGGAGAGCUCAUCCGUCAACAGAAGGUAGGAAAAAUGCUCCAUAAAUAUAUUCACCAGUUCCCAAAGCUGAACCUAGCAGCACAUGUUCAACCCAUCACCCGUACAGUUCUAAGAGUCGAACUUACAAUUACGCCGGAUUUUAUGUGGGAGGACAGAGUUCAUGGAUUCGUGGAACCAUUUUGGGUUAUUGUUGAGGAUAAUGAUGGGGAGUUUAUUCUUCAUCACGAGUAUUUUAUGCUGAAGAAGCAGUAUUUCGAUGAAGACCAUACGUUAAGUUUUACUGUGCCAAUUUACGAGCCGCUGCCUCCUCAGUAUUUCAUUCGAGUUGUGUCCGAUAAGUGGCUGAACUCUCAGUCAGUAUUACCCGUGUCAUUUAGACACCUUAUUUUACCAGAAAAAUACCCUCCCCCUACUGAGUUGUUAGACUUGCAGCCACUGCCCGUUACUGCGUUGAGAAAUCCUGCAUAUGAGGCUCUUUAUCAGGAGUUCAAGCACUUCAACCCUGUGCAAACUCAGGUCUUCACUGUCUUAUAUAAUACAGAUGACAAUGUCUUGGUUGCAGCGCCAACAGGAAGCGGCAAGACAAUUUGUGCAGAGUUUGCUGUGUUGAGGAAUCAUCAGAAAGGAUCGAAUAAUGUCAUGCGUGUUGUUUACAUUGCUCCUAUGGAAGCUCUUGCAAAGGAGCGUUAUCGUGAUUGGGAAAGGAAGUUUGGAAAGGGAUUAGGCUUGAGAGUGGUGGAACUGACUGGUGAAACAUCAACAGAUCUGAAACUGCUUGAGAAAGGGCAAAUAGUUAUAAGCACUCCUGAGAAAUGGGAUUCUUUGUCUCGCAGAUGGAAGCAUCGCAAACACAUUCAACAGGUUAGCCUUUUUGUCAUUGACGAGCUCCACUUGAUUGGGGGUCAAGGUGGCCAUAUUUUGGAGGUAAUUGUUUCUAGAAUGAGAUACAUUGCAAGUCAGAGUGAGAACAAGAUCCGCAUAGUGGUAUUGUCAACUUCAUUGGCAAAUGCAAAAGAUCUUGGGGAGUGGAUAGGUGCAACCUCUCACGGGCUCUUUAAUUUCCCGCCAGGUGUUCGUCCCGUUCCACUGGAGAUCCAUAUUCAAGGAGUGGAUAUUGCUAACUUCGAAGCAAGGAUGCAAGCAAUGACAAAACCAACCUACACCGCCAUUGUCCAACAUGCCAGGAAUGGGAAACCUGCACUUGUAUUUGUUCCUACUAGGAAGCAUGCCAGGCUUACUGCGGCUGAUUUGAUGACUUACUCUAAUGCUGAUGGGGGAGAGAGUCCCCCGUUUCUACUGAAAUCUGAGGAAGAACUGGAGUCAUUCAUUUCCAAAGUCACAGAGCCCAUGUUGAGUGCCACUCUUCGUCAUGGUGUGGGCUACCUACACGAAGGCCUCUCCAGCGUCGAUCUUGAAAUUGUCACUCAUUUAUUUGAAGCUGGUUGGAUUCAGGUCUGCGUUGCGAGCAAUUCAAUGUGCUGGGGAAUGCCGUUAUCAGCUCACCUGGUGGUCGUUAUGGGAACACAACACUAUGAUGGGAGAGAAAAUACUCAUACUGACUACCCCGUGACUGACCUACUGCAGAUGAUGGGUCAUGCUAGUCGACCUCUGUUGGAUAAUUCUGGCAAAUGUGUCAUCCUUUGCCACGCUCCAAGGAAGGAAUACUACAAAAAGUUCUUGUAUGAAGCUUUUCCCGUGGAGAGUCAUCUGCAGCACUAUUUGCAUGAUAAUCUGAAUGCGGAAGUUGUUGCUGGAGUUAUCGAGAACAAGCAAGCUGCAGUGGAUUAUAUUACCUGGACAUUUAUGUAUAGGAGGCUCACUCAAAAUCCGAACUACUACAAUCUCCAGGGAGUUAGCCAUAGGCAUCUCUCAGAUCACCUUUCGGAGCUCGUGGAAAAAACAUUAAGUGAUUUGGAAGCAAGUAAAUGUGUUUCUGUGGAGGAUGAAACAGAUCUUUCUCCUCUGAACCUGGGAAUGAUUGCGUCGUAUUAUUAUAUAAGUUACACAACCAUAGAACGAUUCAGUUCUUCACUGACGUCCAAAACAAAGAUAAAGGGGCUUCUGGAGAUUCUGGCUUCGGCUUCAGAGUAUGCUGAGCUUCCUUCGCGACCAGGGGAGGAAGAACUGAUACGGAGGUUGAUUAACCAUCAGAGAUACUCAUUCGAGAACCCCAGAUGUACAGACCCGCAUGUGAAGGCAAAUGCGCUGCUCCAGGCCCACUUCGCGAGGCACACGGUUGUUGGGAACUUGGCAUUGGAUCAGCGAGAGGUUCUACUGUCUGCUAGUCGGCUUCUCCAAGCAAUGGUUGAUGUAAUCUCUAGCAAUGGUUGGCUUGACCUUGCUCUUCUUACUAUGGAAGUCAGCCAAAUGGUCACUCAAGGCAUGUGGGAACGUGAUUCCAUGCUUCUUCAGCUUCCACACUUCACCAAAGAGCUGGCUAAGAGGUGUCAAGAGAACCCAGGGAAGAGUAUAGAGACAGUAUUUGAUUUGGCGGAGAUGGAGGACGAUGAGAGGCAGGAGUUGUUACAGAUGUCAGAUUCGCAGUUACUAGACAUAGCCCGUUUCUGCAACCGUUUUCCUAACAUUGAUAUGACGUAUGAGGUGCUGGAGAGUGAUAACGUGAUGGCUGGAGAUGAUAUUUCGCUGCAAGUCACACUUGAACGGGAUCUUGAAGGUAGAUCAGAGGUGGGACCGGUGGAUGCUCCCAGGUAUCCAAAAGCUAAAGAAGAAGGGUGGUGGCUGGUAGUUGGUGAUAGCAAGACUAAUCAGUUGCUUGCAAUUAAGAGAGUGUCUCUGCAGAGAAAAUCGAAAGUGAAGCUCGAGUUUGCUGCCCCGGCAGAAACUGGGAGAAAGUCAUACACGCUGUAUUUCAUGUGCGACUCUUAUCUGGGUUGUGACCAAGAGUACAGUUUUACAAUUGAUGUCAAAGAAGCAGGUGAGGCAGGUGAUGACAGUAUGAGAGAGUGAUGACUAAUAAGCUGAAUUGUCUUGGGUAGUUUUUGUUGAUUGUAGUUAUUCCGAAUUUGAUGUUGGUAAGCGAGAGUUGAUAACAAUGUAGUUCCCUUUUCUUGGUUAUAAUUUCUUUGUAGCAAUUACCAUGGGAUUGCUAAGAGUAUUAUGAGAAGUUGAACCCUGUUUUAAAAAUGUUGUCUUAUAGCGUUGAGUUGUGCCUUUAAAAGACUCGUAGUCUUUACUCUUAAUUUUUUAUAUAUAGUAGUGCUUUGUUGCUGGA